AUCUCCGGCACAUUCCUGACAUUCCUUAUUUCAGGCGCAUUCUCGGCAUUCUUUGGAUAGUUCCUCCAGAUCUCCAAACAAGUAUAUGGCACAACCAUCUGACAAACGUCAACGGUGAUGCCAUCGUUUAACGCGCAGCUCCCGCUUCUUCAGCCUUGUGUGUUUUGUGCUUCAAGGUGUUGAAAAACCUCUGGAAAACCCGAAAGACAACAAUUACAUAAUUUAAUGAAUAAGUUUUUAAACAAUUUUUCCAGUGUUCCCUGUUGAAAUCAUGUCAAGGAGGAGUUGACUAUGUUGUUUUUGUACAAAAACUUGCUUUUUUGCAAGUCUAAUCAUAAGGAAAUAAUCAAGAGAAUUGCUUCCACUAGACCACCAGAGGCAGUCUUUAUUGAAAAAGCUCUUGAAGUACCUGUGAUAGUGAUCAAUGAACAGGAUGAUGUGGACUUGAUUGGGGCUCCAGAUCCUGUAUCAAACUUGAGGCCAAUACUAAGGAAAAUACAUUUACAUGAAACCCCUCUACAACAGAAACUGAGAGAAAUGCAGGAUGCGACGCAGUCAUGGAAUCAAGGUUUUUGGGCUAAACAUAAUACCAAAUUCAUGAAGGAAAAACAAGAAUUUAUAAAUUCCCAUCAAAUUCCCAGUGAAGAAAAGAAACAUUUAACAGCUGAUGAAAUGAGUGAAUUUUACAAAAGGUUUCUUGAUGAUACUUGGGAAACACACUUGAAAUAUAACAUUGAGUGGUAUAGGAGAAAUUUUACUCUGUUGUUCUUAGCUUUAUGUGUUAGCUUAGAGAGGAAUUAUUCUGCAUAUUUGCCCAAGUAGACAUGACAGAGAAUGUAUAGUAUUGACAGACUGAGACAAACUGCAGCUACUGAAUGUUGUUCAGAAUGGGAUUGUUUCUGUACUGUUUGUUAUAUUUAUUUGAAAAAAUGUUUUCAUUAAACAAAAAUAGUUUUAUUUGUGUAACUUGCCUGUAUUAAUACUAGUGGUACUGGAACAAUAUGUAAGGCCAAAAAUAUCAAGAAUAUCAACCAGAUACUGUGUCCCAGGAUAAUACAACAUUAGCUGAGUCACAAAAUAUUGUGAAUCUACAAAAACAUGUCUGAUAAAAAAGAAAUUGUGGGCUCAUCACUUGUCUUUCCAGUUCAUCUAUGCAAAUCUUACUAGACAAUAUCAUGGAACAUGAAAUUUAUAUUAACUACAAAAAAAUUUAAAAAUAAAAUUAUAUCAGGUUAUAAUAAUGUUCCUUCAUUCAAG